AUGGCCACGCAUUGUCCUACUCUAUCCCAAGAGUUGAAGGAGAAUGAAGGCUCAAAAAAAACAAAAAAGAAAAACAAGGGCAAGAGUGGUGAAUCUGCACGGGAGCGGGAGAAAACUCCCGUAGAUGAGAGCUCGGCUUCUUCAACUAUCAGUCCGGGCUCAAUGUUUGGAGUCACUUUGAAUCCAAUCAACUCGUCAACGAAAAAGAUCAUGGGCGAUCAGCUACCCGAAGUCCACCCCAUCAAAACAAUAAUUGGCGUUUCGCAUAGCCAAAUCCUAGAAGCAGACCUCACCGAUGUCAAGAUCAAAACAAUCUUGAGCUCAACAGCAGUUUCAAAAUAUGCAAUCAUGGGUCGAGCAUUGACGAAAAAAUACUCGACGGAGCUAUUUGGAAACGCAGAAACAAAAAAGAUGUUCACUGAACUAUGCAUCAACGUGGCCCUCCAUGAGUCGUAUGGCUUUAAAACCACAACACAAAAGUACCCCAACUUGUUGCCCUUGUUGAACCAAUACGACGAGCUUCAAUUGGAAAACACCAGAACGUCAAUCACGGUCUCGGAAAAGGAAACCCAUUCCAACACACUCGACUACUCUGUCUUUGCUUAUUUCGGACACAUUCUCAUCUGGGCCAUCUCGUUGCAACGCUUGGCUUCGGUGCUGCUCUUGACGGAGAAUUGCGACGUGGACGUUUCGCCCGCGACGAUAAAAUCAAAAAUUGGCGGCUUGCAUUUGUGGGAUAGGAUCUUUCGCGAACUCAAAGGUAUGAACUCGAAGCGGUGGAAACAUGUUUUGAAGUUUAGAAAUAAUUUUGCGUUCGAAGAGGACCAGUUUAUGCUCAUUUUAAGAUUCAUGCAAAUCGUAAACGUUCCAUAA